AUGAUCGAUGCGCCACCACAAUCACCCAGCCGCCCGGUACGACUACGAAACCUAUCGACGAGUAACCCUUCGACCGCUCCAACAACCGCGUCCGAUCCUACCUUCAGCCUUCUGCUGUCCCUACCGAGGGAGCUUCGCGACCGUAUAUACACAUUUGCCUUGACAUCACCCUCUCCAUUCUGGUGGCCGAACCAAGCAGCCGUCAAAUAUGAGCACAAUAUCGCGCCAAAUCUCCUACGAGCGAGCAGACAAGUGUAUGAGGAGGCAGCACUGGUCAUAUACAGUGAAAACAAGUUCGCCUUCACGCACCCCUCCGACUGCAACAUCUUCCGUGUUGUCGCCUCCCCCGCCUCCCGAAACAUUACCUCAGUGUAUUUCCGUAUAAGAGAGAGGGACUUGAGAUUAUGGACGAGCUAUCUGGGUAGUAAGAGUCAGGAUAGGAGUCUAAGGGCUGACCUACCGAGACUGAGGAGCCUGUGGAUCUUUUCGAGGUGUGGAAGUAUGGGCACGUCAGCUAUGCUGGGGCAGAUGGUGACAGUGUCACAAGCGAUACAAGGGCUACAAGGAUUACAAGGUGUAGUGGGUGGGUUAGGAAAUCUAUCGCCUGCAAUCCAGGUGCAGCUUCAGGCUGUGCAGAAUGUGAUAGGACAGCAUGUUCAUGCGUUGACGCAGCAUCUACAGAGUUUUCCGCAGGCCGUGGGGAAUGGGGGAGGUGCACCACCACAGACACCGCAACUUUUGGGCAUGGAUGCGAAUGGGACAGGCAAUGGGAAUCAGAUACCGCCACCGCCACCUCCACCUCAACUGCCUGCGAUGCCGUUCAACCAUCCUCAUCAUCUGCACCACCACCCACACCCGCUCUACACCACAUUCCUCCGUUUCGAGCGUGAAAUCGGCCUCGAAUCGCUCUGUCUGUCUCUCCGGGAAACGCUCCGUGGGCGCAAAGUAAAGAUUGUGUGCAUCAUGCGCGUACCGCGGCGGGAGGUGGAGCGCUUGGUCAGCAUGUAUCCCGACGAACUUAGCAUCGAGGAGAAGACUGGGGAUGCGCGGACAAAGUUUAGGAAAAUACAUGGUGUUGAGGUGAGCUUGGAGUUGAAUGGGUAU